UUCAUCCGAGGAAAGUCGACACAUAACACUCCGAUUGAGAGACACUGGAAGAGUGUGGGGGAAAAGUUUACACAAAAGUACUCCAGGACCUUCGCCGAACUUGAACGACUACAUGACCUCGAUGUCGAUGAUCCAGUGGACAUCUUUUGCCUACAUCAUUGCUUCCUUCCCCUCGUAAACCUUACAAUCGCCUCCCAUGUGGCUGCACAUAAUCACCACCCUAGCGCUACCAAGGGUACAAGAGGCUGGUCACCCCUACGUACAUGGAUCCACGGGAACGUUGAGGCAGCGAAGCGGGGUAUGGAUCUUGACUUAUACCCCACGGAUGGUUUGGUAGAUGGCAAC